UUUUUUUGAAGAAAAAACGCCACUUUUGAAUUUUUUUUUUUUUCACUUGAACCUUUUUUCUUUUUUUGUUUAUGCUACUUUUAAAAGAAAUAGGUGGCAGAUCUAGUUGGUAUCGAUAUCGUUUCUUACAUUCUAUUAUCAAGUCACAAAAGAAUAUUCGAACUAUGUCUACAUUUUUACGGUUUUUAGGUCAUUCCACUCCAGAAGGCCCAGCAACCAUUAUAUAUCAAAACGGUAACGAUCAUUACAUGUUCAACUGUCGAGAAGGAACUCAACGUUUAGCUGUGGAGGAUAAAGUGAAGCUCUCAAAAUUGAAAAGUAUCUUCUUUUCACGUUUACAAUGGGAAUGCAUUGGCGGUUUACCUGGUAUGUUAUUGACAUUAGCAGAUGCUGGUAUUCAAAAUCUAGAUCUUUAUGGUGGCAAAAAUUUGACUCAUUUUAUGGCAUCCACUCGAAACUUUGUUUAUCGGACAUCUAUGACUGUACAAACGCACGAAUUCAACAAAGGUGAACAAGACGAAUUACAUUAUGUUCAAACGUACAAAGACAAUUCACUCAAGGUCAUCCCUGUGAUUGCUUUACCGAAGCAUCGACAACAUUAUAGUGGAGUCAAACGACGUCGCAGUAUUUCACCCUCUUCGAUACCAUCAGCUUCAGAAUCAUCCCCAUCAUCAAUGUCAUCAUCAUCAGAUUACGUGCCAUCAGAUAACUCUUUUUCAGAAGAGCCAUCCAUGGAAUCAGCGCAUCAACAUCGAUCUCGUAUUCUAUCUUAUAUGUUUAGUAAUAACAAAAAAAACCAACACAAGUCGAAAAAAAAUGGCAAGGAUACUCUUUCUCCAGAGCACACCAUCGACUCACCGUGUACACCUCGAAAACAUCCUCUUUCCAAUGUAUCAUCAUCACCAGAGGCAGUAGUUGAAUUUGUGAAACAAGAUGAAAAUGGUCCUUCCCAAACAACUAUCACUUCUCUUCAACAAAACAAUCAAAAUCGUUUCCAAUCACAGAUCGAUCAAUUAUACGAUAGAACAUUACCAAGAACCAAGCCUUAUCCUGCAGCAAUCUCAUAUAUCUGUCAAGGUCCUGAAACUCGUGGCAAAUUCCGUGUUGACAAAGCUCUUGAACUUGGUGUUCCAAAGGGCCCUCUUUUUGGAAAAUUACAAAGAGGGGAAACAGUGACAUUGGAAGAUGGUACAGUCGUGACGAAAACUCAAGUAUGUGAACCAAAUAUACCGGGUCCCAUCUUUAUGGUAAUUGAUUGCCCUGACAUACGUUAUAUUGACGAUCUGGUUUCUUCACCCAAAUUCACGCCUUAUCAAUCGAUGACGGAUACUCAAAAUAUACCCAAGGUAAUCAUCCAUCUGGUAAAUAAUAAGGUGCUAGCAAACGCAAAAUAUCAAGAAUGGAUGAAUACAUUUAGUCCAGAAACAGAGCAUAUAAUUAGCAAUCAAGAUGUAUGUGCCCAAACAACACUCUUUCGUAGUCAUGCUCUUAGUCAAUAUAAACUAUCGAAAUUGGAUGCCAAUAUUUUCCAAGUACCUGAAUACAAUAACACACCAAACUGCACGUUAGACAAAUUUGACAAUUUGCCACCCAAAGUAUCACCAUUGAUGAACAAAGCCGUGUACAACCUGAUAGACACUCGAAAAGCCAAAAUAAAAGGAAUGCAAUUAGAUUCAACUCAACCGUUUGAUGUGGAUCAACCAAAUGAUGAUCCUAAAAUGCUAGAAUUCAAUGAAAACAAAGAUUAUCAACAAGCUAUUGAAGAAGCCAAGAAAGCUGCUGAACUUGUGCCACUUGGAGUUCCUUUCCCUGGUGAUGAUGUUCAAGUGAUCACUCUUGGUACUGGAAGUUCUUUACCUUCAAAAUAUAGAAAUGUUAGUGCAACGUUGAUCAAAAUUCCUCAAUUUGGGUCUGUGUUAUUGGAUGCUGGUGAAGGUACUUAUGGACAAAUGUUGCGUCACUUUGGUCGAGACCGAUUACCUCAAGAAUUAAAAGAUCUUCGGUGCAUCUUUGUAUCUCAUCUUCAUGCUGAUCAUCAUCUUGGAAUAUUUCAAUUAUUGAUCAAAAGAAAAGAGGCCCGACAAAAUGGUGCACCACUGUUUUUAAUUGCACCAUAUAUUUAUCAACGUUGGAUGCUGGAAUACAACAAUGUGGAACAUCUGGAUUCACCAAACCAUAUUCGAUUUAUUCGUUGCAAUCAUAUACUCUCAGAAACAUCCAAAUCAAACGCCGUCGUAUCUGAACAAUCGUUAAAAAAUGUUGAAUCGUUGAAGAAGACUUUAGGAUUAUCUGAAAUCAACUCUAUUGAUGUUGUGCAUUGUCGUUUGGCUUAUGGAUUAUCAUUGAAACAUAUGACAGGAUGGAAAUUAGUGUAUUCGGGGGAUACAAGACCUUGCGAUCGAUUGAUAGAAGCUGGACAAAACGCCACUUUAUUGAUUCAUGAAGCAACGUUAGAAGAUGGAAUGAAAGAGGAAGCUAUAGCUAAACGACAUAGUACAACAGCUGAAGCAGUAGAAGUUGGAGAAAAGAUGAAGGCUCGUUACACAUUAUUGAAUCAUUUUAGCCAGCGGUAUGCCAAAGUUCCAACACUCUCGGAAGCACAAACCAAUGUCUGUAUUAGUUUUGACAUGAUGUCAGUACCUAUCAAGCAAAUCCCUCAAUUACCCAAGUUUACAAAUGCUAUGCAAUUGAUAUUCAAGGAUGAAGAAGAAGAAGAAGAAGAUGAAAUGAAUUUAUCAAAGAAUUAGAAUUAGUUUACUCAUACCGUUUAG